CAGAAUUAUUAAUCCAAACAAAGGUUCGGACACCGCAUCCUCGACAUGGAAAGUAAAGGGAGAAAGAAAGUAAGAGCAGCCAUGGAAGAAGCGAUCGCAGGACUUAGUGCCAAAGAAGAAGUAAAAGCAGUCAUGGAAGAAGAGAUCAGUGAAAUUGCUGUCAAAGAACAAACAGAAAUAAUAACGGAACUAAGGGAUCUUCCACCAGCACACUACAUAUUCAAGAUUGAAAACUUUUCUCACCUUUCUGCUGCUAAGGUAGAAAGCUAUGAUUCCAGUGAUUUUGAAGUUGGCGGAUACAAAUGGAGGUUGUCUCUUUACCCUAAAGGAAACAAGAAAGUGAAUGAGAACGAACAUGUUUCUCUGUAUUUAGUACUAUCCUCAUCAAAUACACUCCCUUUGCAUCGAGAGGUUAAUGUGUACUUCAAGUUGUUUGUUUAUAAUCAAAUUCUGGAUAAGUAUUUGGUUGUUCAAGAUGCUAAGGAGAAGAUAAGGCGUUUUCGUGGAGCGAAAACAGAAUGGGGUUUUGACAAAUUAGUUUCUCUCAAUGCUUUUAAUGAUGCUUCAAAUGGAUACCUUGUUGAUGAUUGUUGCGUAUUUGGUGCUGAGAUUUUUGUUAUAGAACGUACUGGUAAAGGUGAGUGUGUAUCUAUGGUGAAGGAGCUUGCUAAUAGCACUACCUAUACUUGGAAAAUUCAAAAAUUUUCAGAUUUGAACCAAGAAUGCUAUACGUCUCAGGUGUUUGUUAUUGGGGGAUACAAAUGGAUUUUGUUGCUUUAUCCCAAUGGAAAUUCAAAUGAGAAAGGCAAAAGCUUGUCCAUGUAUUUACAGUUGGAAGGUUCAGAAACUGUUGACUCUGGCAAAAAACUCCAUACCGAAUACAUCCUGCGUGUGAUUGAUCAACUCUCUGGAGUUCAUCAUGAGCAAAAAGGUAAUCAUAAAUUCUGCAGUUCUGCCAAACGAAUGGGUUUCGCAAAGCUUAUACCUCUCCAGCAUCUCAAUGAUUCAUCAAAGGGAUUCAUGCUUGGUAAUACUGUGAUUGUUGAAGUCCAAAUUCCUUUGAUGACAGUGGUCAAGGAGUUCUCUUAAAGUUAUAAUUGUACCAGCUCUUUAUGUUCUGGACUAUGGAAAAGAAAAACUGCAAAUUAUGUAAAUUGGGGAAGACAUAAAAUUAGCUGCAAAUGUUUCCGAAAUGAUCAUGUUGUCUGCUCGUUGAAUUUCAAGCUCUUAAUACUAUGAUGUUUUCUGCAA